AUGGCAGCCAAAACAGGAAAAGCCAUCGGAAUCGAUCUCGGCACUACAUACUCAUGUGUCGCCAUCUUCCAACAUAACAACGUCGACAUCAUCGCGAAUGACCAGGGAAACCGUACAACACCGUCGUACGUCGCUUUCAACGAUACCGAGAGGUUGAUUGGUGAUGCCGCCAAGAACCAAGUCGCCAUGAACCCACACAACACAGUCUUCGAUGCGAAGCGUCUCAUUGGCCGCAACUUUGCAGACAGCGAGGUGCAAGCAGACAUGAAGCACUGGCCAUUCAAGGUCAUCGACAAGGCAUCAAAACCCGUCAUCGAGGUGGAGUUCAAGGGUGAGAAGAAGGAAUUCACACCCGAGGAAAUCUCUUCAAUGGUCCUUACAAAGAUGCGUGAGACUGCUGAAGCAUACCUCGGUACCAAGGUAACGAACGCUGUUGUCACUGUUCCUGCCUACUUCAACGACUCCCAGCGUCAAGCAACCAAGGAUGCCGGUCUCAUUGCCGGUAUGAAUGUUUUGCGAAUCAUCAACGAGCCUACUGCUGCUGCUAUUGCAUACGGUCUCGACAGGAAGGGACAGAAGGAGCAAAACGUGCUCAUCUUCGAUUUGGGUGGUGGUACCUUUGAUGUAUCGCUCCUCACCAUUGAAGAUGGCAUCUUUGAGGUCAAGUCUACUGCCGGUGACACACAUCUCGGUGGUGAAGACUUUGACAACCGUCUCGUUACACACUUCUGCACUGAGUUCAAGCGCAAGUUCAAGAAGGAUUUGACUACAAAUGCUCGUGCUCUGCGUCGUUUGCGUACUGCUUGCGAGCGUGCCAAGCGUACACUUUCCUCAUCGGCACAGACAUCGAUUGAGAUUGACUCGCUCUUUGAGGGAACCGACUUUUACACCAGCAUUACGCGUGCCAGGUUCGAGGAGCUUUGUGCAGACUUGUUCCGCGGUACCAUGGAGCCUGUUGAGAAGGUGUUGCGUGAUGCCAAGAUGGACAAGUCGAGUGUGGAUGAGAUUGUGCUUGUUGGUGGAUCGACCCGUAUCCCACGUGUCCAGAAGCUUGUCUCUGACUUCUUCAACGGCAAGGAGCUCAACAAGACCAUCAACCCUGAUGAGGCUGUUGCAUACGGUGCUGCCGUCCAAGCUGCUAUUUUGUCUGGCGACACUUCAGAAAAGACCCAGGACUUGCUCUUGCUCGAUGUUGCACCACUCUCUAUGGGUAUUGAGACUGCCGGUGGUGUGAUGACACCCCUCAUUACACGCAACACGACGAUUCCUACAAAGAAGUCGGAGACCUUUUCUACCUACAGCGACAACCAGCCUGGUGUGUUGAUUCAGGUGUUUGAAGGUGAGCGUGCACGUACCAAGGACUGCAACUUGCUCGGCAAGUUUGACUUGACUGGUAUUCCACCUGCUCCUCGUGGUGUUCCACAGAUUGAGGUGACAUUUGAUGUGGAUGCCAACUCGAUCCUCAACAUUUCUGCCACUGAAAAGGGAACGGGCAAGACCAACAACAUUGUCAUUACCAACGACAAGGGACGUUUGUCCAAGGAGGAGAUUGAGCGCAUGGUCUCUGAGGCUGAAAAGUAUGCUGAUGAGGACAAGGCUGAGGUGGAGCGUGUGCAAUCCAAGAAUGGUUUGGAGUCAUACGCCUACUCACUCAAGCAAACUGUCGAUGACGGCAAGUUGACGAUCCCGGAUGAGGACAAGACCAAGUUGUCUGCCAAGAUCAAGGAGACGAUCGAGUGGCUCGAGGGUAACCAGACUGCAACGAAGGAUGAGUUUGAUGCUCAGCAAAAGGAACUCGAGGGUGUUGCCAACCCUAUCAUGACGGCUGCAUACCAGGCUUCUGGCGGUGCACCUGGUGGUGCUCCAGGCGGUAUGCCCGGUGGUAUGCCUGGUGGCAUGCCCGGUGCUCCAGGUGGUGCCGCUGCUGGUGGUGAUGGCCCUGUUGUUGAGGAACUCGACUAG